CUUCCGGCGUGACUUCAGUCGCUCGCUGCAGCUUUGCGCUCAGAAGCGAUGAGAGAGAGACUCGCACAGGGAGAAAGAGAGAGAGGGACAGAAAUGGAGUUCAACUGAGCAACAAAGUAACGGAUGAGCCGCAGCAGUUGAAAGGCUGGGUGGGCGGACGUUGGAAACAAGUAUCCACGGAGAUCGCCGGUUGCAAAAGAUAGUUACUCUUUGGUUUUAUUAUUGAUCGGCUUCGAUCAGCCCGGAGAUGAAGCUCUUGAAGCCGAGUUGGGUCAGUCACAAUGGAAAACCAAUAUUUUCACUUGACAUCCAUCCAGAUGGAACUAAGUUUGCCACAGGUGGCCAAGGUGAAGACUCUGGAAAGGUGGUCAUUUGGAACAUGGCCCCGGUUAUCAGAGAGGAGGAUGAGAAGAACGAAAUUAUUCCUAAAUUGCUUUGCCAAAUGGACAAUCACUUAGCAUGUGUGAAUUGUGUGCGCUGGUCAAAUAAUGGCUUGUACUUGGCGUCAGGAGGCGAUGACAAACUUGUCAUGGUGUGGAAGCGAGCUGCUUUAAUAGGUCCGAGCACAGUGUUUGGAUCCAGCAGUAAAUUGGCUAAUGUGGAGCAGUGGAGGUGUGUCACCAUUCUGAGGAACCACACGGGAGAUGUGAUGGAUGUGGCCUGGUCACCUCACGAUGUCUGGCUGGCGUCGUGCAGCGUGGAUAACACCAUUGUUAUCUGGAACGGCCGGAAAUUUUCAGAAAUCAUUGCCACUUUAAAGGGACACACAGGGCUGGUCAAAGGCCUGACGUGGGACCCUGUGGGGAAGUACAUAGCCUCUCAGGCAGAUGACCACAGCUUGAAGGUCUGGAGGACCAUGGACUGGCAGCUGGAGACCAACAUCACCAAACCCUUUAGUGAAUGUGGUGGCACCACACAUGUGCUGAGGCUGAGCUGGUCUCCAGAUGGUCAGUACCUGGUGUCCGCUCAUGCCAUGAAUAAUUCUGGGCCCACGGCUCAGAUCAUCGAACGCGACGGCUGGAAGACCAACAUGGACUUUGUGGGCCAUCGAAAAGCCGUCACUGUGGUGAAAUUCAACCCUAAGAUCUUCAAGAAGAAACAGAAAAACGGCAGUACGCCCAAACCCAGCUGCCCGUAUUGCUGCUGCGCUGUGGGGAGUAAGGACCGCUCGCUUUCUGUAUGGCUCACCUCACUCAAGCGGCCCCUGGUGGUCAUCCAUGACCUUUUCGACAAGUCCAUCAUGGACAUUACAUGGACCCUGAAUGGUCUGGGACUGUUGGUUUGCUCCAUGGAUGGGACCGUGGCCUUCCUGGACUUCUCUCAGGAUGAACUUGGAGAUGCCCUGAAUGAAGAGGAAAAGAACACUAUUCACCAAAACAUCUACGGAAAGAGUCUGGCCAUCACAAUGGAGUCACAGCUUUCCACUACAAUCAUUGAAAAUCCAGAAAUGCUGAAGUAUCAACAGGACCGGCAGGGGAAUCAGAACCCAAACGCGGCUCAGGGAAGCAGCGCUGAAAACCAGACACCCAAACUCACCAACGUGCUCAACGGACAGUCCCUGGAGGACAUCAGAAAGAACCUCUUAAAGAAGCAGGUGGAGACGAGAACCGCAGACGGCAGGAGAAGAAUCACACCUCUUUGCAUCGCCCAGCUCGACACAGCGGACUUCUCGCCAGCAUUGUUCAACAGCGUGCCUAUCCUGCCCGGGUCGUCUGCAUCCACCCAGCUGACCCCUCAGAUCUCUUCAGAUUCCAACACGGCCAACUCCAUGGGCCUUCGUCCCUCCCACGAACCCUCCACCACCACCUCUCCAAACAAAACCACAGAAGAUAAUAAAGACAGUGGAGCUGCACCUGUAAACUCAAUUGGUAUGAAAUCGAAUCUGCUGUUGACGUCCGCCUCCAAGAUCGAGCCAAUGAAAGCACUGGACUCACGAUUUACUGAGAGGUCAAAGGCCACACCAGGGGUCACAAGUAUACCCCUGACUAUGUGUAUUACCCCACUUGAUAGCCACAGGGUAAAAGAUUCAAAAGAGCCAAAAGGCAAAGAUGAAACCAGCAGCGACAGUGAGGACAAAAUCAUGGUGAAAUCGCUCUCUAUGGCCAAGAGGAAAGGAGAGAUGGAAGGAGGAGAGGUGGUGGAGAAGAGGAAGAAGGGAAGGCCAAGAAAAGAUGCUAAAAUGAUGAUGCCCACAUCACAGCCCUUUCCACAGACUACUGUGUCAACCAGUGUCGGUCCAGUGGAACCGUCUCGUUCAGCAGCACCUGUGGUGGUGUUCAAACUUCCCACCCCAUCGCUACAGAAAUCAUUUAGCACUCAGGUGGGCACGGAUGCCAUCACGUAUCUGGAGGUGGAGAAUGAGAUCUCGGUGGUGUCCGGGGCUCGUCUCAGUCAGCUCAAAUGGAGCAGAGAGGGCCGAGAGUGGGAAACGCUUCUACCCAGUCGCAUCAUGAUCGCCACGGGAAGCAGCGAUGUCGUCGCCAUAGCGUGCGAGGACCGCACGCUGUCGGUUUUCUCGGCGUGUGGGCGGAGACUCAUCCCAUCAAUCAUGCUGCCUGCUCCCAUGUCAGCCCUGCAUUGCUCGGGCCAUUUUGUGAUGGUGCUGAUGACAUCGGCCACGCUGUCUGUUUGGGAUGUUCAGAAACAAGCGGCCCUGGUCAAAAAUGAAUCUCUAAAUGCAAUCUUAUCAGGCACAGAUGCUACUGUAAAUCAGUCACUGCUGACCCAGCAGGGUGUAGCUGUGGUUGGUUUGUCAAACGGCAAAACCUACUGCUUCAACUCAUCAUUGGAGACCUGGAAUUUGAUCGCAGAUAAGCAGGACUCUCUGGUGCAGUGUGCAGACUUCAGGAAUUGCGUGUCCUCUCAGGAUGCUCUCGGCGCCAUGGGGCCGCUCGCCCUCACGCAGGGCCGAAAUCUAAGUGCGGGGCGGUUAGCAUCUCGUCUCUCGUCUGCUCCUCACCUCUUGCAGCAGGGAAUGACUCUGGCAUUCUUGGAAAACCAGCUCUCCUCCGCCCUCAUCCUUCUGUCAGCGAACGAGUACAGACACUGGCUUCUUAUCUACACACGUUUUCUUGUCAAUGAAGGUUAUGAGCAGAGGUUGAGAGAGCUUUGUCAAGACUUACUGGGACCAGUUCAUAAAUCCACUUGCAGCUCCUGGCAGCCCACAGUCCUGGGUCUGAGAAAGAGAGAUCUGUUGACUGAGGUGAUGCCUGUGAUUGGUCAGAACUUGAGGUUUCAGAGACUUUUCACAGAGUACCAGGAUCAGCUUGAGCUGCUGCGUCUGAAAUAGCACUUGACCUUUGACCCUUUAAUGCGUCGCCCCUGUGUCCUUCCUCGCCUGUACAUCAGCUAACAGUCUGCCUUAGCUUUUCCUCACAGCGAUUUCUGCACUGCACACAUGGACACUAAUUAAAAUGGACAACAAUAAUGUUUUUUAUGAAUAAAUCGUUUGUUAAAUAACAUUUAUUAAUUAUGUUUGUGUCGGCUGUGAGAAAGAGAAGUCGGGAUGAUGUCUUAUCAGUUUUGGGAUCAUUUAGAUCAAGCACAAAGUUUGAAUGGCAGUCAUCUUAAAACUGGAUGUUUUUACUUCUCAACUAAAAGUUGACAUGACUGUUUUUCCCUUACUUUUUUCCGUCUUGCUUCUUCGGUUUCUAUUUGUACAGUCAUUUAUUUGUAAAUGUUUGUAAAAGGCAAUUUCGUUUUUUUUUCGGUUUUCUAUAAAAAUAGGAAAAUGGUAAACCUUCAAUUAAAAAGGAAUAAAUAAUUUACCAGUCCUAAAAUGUGAUCCAUGUGUCUCCCUCUUA